GCUCAAGAUUUCUAUUUCCACUUUCAAAAUCCAAAUCAAGAAUAAGCCUCUUAAACCCUAUUAUAAUUCUCUAGCAGGAUCAACGACGAUAUGGGUACACCGGAAACCUCACGAGAACCGUGCCCGGACCGGAUCUUGGACGACAUCGGUGGCGCAUUCGGCAUGGGAGCCGUCGGCGGCUCCGCCUUUCACUUUCUUAAAGGAAUCUACAACUCACCGAAAGGCGAACGUUUCAUCGGCGGUACGCAAGCGGUCCGUAUGAACGCGCCACGUGUCGGCGGAAGCUUCGCCGUAUGGGGCGGUUUGUUCUCCGCCUUUGAUUGUACCAUGGUUUACGCACGCCAGAAGGAAGAUCCAUGGAACUCCAUCAUCGCCGGUGCCGCCACCGGAGGAUUCCUCCAGAUGCGUCAGGGUUUAGGCCCCGCGACUCGCUCUGCGGUUUUUGGUGGUGUUCUGUUAGCCCUAAUUGAAGGUGCCGGAAUCAUGCUCAACAAAGUCCUUAGCGCCCAACAGCUUCCGCCGGUGAUAAUCGAAGAGCCGCCACAGGCAGGGUUUCAGUUGCCUAAUCGAGGUCCCCAACCCGAUCCGGCACCGGCGACGGCAUCAUCGCCGUCAUGGUUUGGUGGUUUAUUUGGUGGCAAAGAAGAGGAACCGAAGCCGAAGGUGAAGACUGAAGUUUUAGAAAGCUUUGAUUCGCCUGCACCUCCAACUUUUGAGUUCAAAUGAAUCUGAAUUUGCAGGGGAAAGAUCUGAGUUAAUCUUGUUAGAAGACUCCGAUCCAUGCUUAUUCGGGUGCAUCUGGUACCUAGACAUGAUCAGACAAGAUGGGACUGGACUAACGAGAAUGAGGGAGGCGUGGCGUGUUGGUGAAAGAAUUGCGGAAUAUUUUAAGAUUUUAAUUUGACAUAGGUGGUUGGUUUUUGUUUCCUCACUUUUGAUUGGACAAAAGAACUACGUUUUUUGUUUUUGUGCUGCCAAGUCCUGUACAACUGUCCCACCAAUAAUAAGCUUUUGUUUUGUCUUGUUCUGUUAUGUAUCGAACAUCAACAUUAAAGAAAUCAAGUUUCGCCACGGGGAUGGAAGUUGGACC